CGUAGAACAACAAAAAUAAAACAGAAAAAAAGAAAAAAAGAAAAAAAUAAUUAGUGGCGAGCUCAGGCUGUUAUGUCUUUGUAUUGUAAUCAUCAGUUUGUUUUCUUUCCCCUAUUUGUAGUCUCCAUAUCAGAGUCAAGGCUUCUUCUGGUUCUCUAUUCUUUCAAUUGUUGCAAUUAGCAGUUUCAGUGGGCUAUCUUUCUAGGAAGCUAAAAUGAGUUUCACUGGUCCCUCCGUGGGUUCUGGUUGUAUUAUUGAUGGAUUAUGGAAGUUUGGAUGUGGAGGGUUAACUCGUCAGAAGAAUUGUGGUAAAACUGCUAGAAGGGCAUUGGAGUUUGGAAGGACAUAUGUGGUUAGGCCCAAAGGUAAACACCAAGCUACCGUUAUAUGGCUACAUGGUCUAGGAGAUAAUGGAUCAAGCUGGUCCCAGCUCUUGGAGACCCUUCCUCUUCCAAAUAUCAAGUGGAUAUGCCCAACUGCUCCAACUCAACCUAUAAGUAUAUUUGGGGGCUUCCCAUCCACAGCUUGGUUUGAUGUGGGGGACCUUUCAGAAGAUGCUCCAGAUGAUAUUGAAGGUUUGGAUGCUGCAGCAGCACAUGUUGCAAAUUUGUUGUCCACAGAACCCGCAGACAUUAAACUCGGUAUUGGAGGCUUCAGUAUGGGUGCAGCUACCUCAUUAUAUUCUGCAACCUGCUUUACACUAGGAAAGUAUGGGAAUGGAAAUCCAUACCCUGCCAAUUUGAGUGCAAUUGUUGGAUUAAGUGGCUGGCUCCCCUGUUCAAAGACCUUAGGUAACAAACUUGAGGGGGUCAAUGAAGCUGCAAGACGUGCUGUAUCCCUGCCAAUUUUGCUCUGUCAUGGCAAAAGUAAUUUUAACCAUACUACAUGUUCAUGCCACGUUGCAUUAUAUCUCUUUAUGUUUAUUUAGAAAGGGUUGGAAUUAUAUCAGUUGCUUCAGAGGCUCUGUUCUAUUUACGCAAACAUUUCAACUAGGAAUGUGAAUGAAAUCAGAAAGGUUUCCAAUCUGAGCUAGCACAACAGUUUGUUUGGACUCACUCAUGUGCUGUUCAGCUUUUGGGCUAAAAUCUUUUGCUCUUCUAGCCACACUGAAGCUUAAGUUAGGCCUUAUUGACUGGUAGAACCUAGCCCGAGCAGUGCUUUGUUACUCAAUUAGGUUAUGAUUUGUAAUAGGCCAGUGGCAUUUUUCCUGCUACUGUUCUAGUUCCAAUUGAAACUUAUUUCGUAUUUUAGGUAAUCAUAUUACCUAAAAGAAACAUAGUGUGGAAAAAUUAACGACUAAGAACCUAAAUAUUUGAAAUGUAACACUAGUUUCAAUUUGUAUAUAAAGACAGAACAGACCAUCCCUAAUGUUGUCAUUUAGCCUCUCUAUGUGACACCAACUCUUUGGCUAUGAUAUAUCUCCUAUCUCUUGUUUGUGGCUUCACGUUCCCUGUAAUUCCAGUUCAUAGUCUUCAAUA